AGAGAGAGAGAGAGAGACGCUGACUUCUUCAAUUAGCAGAAUUACCUUUUCUAUUCAUCGUUGCCGAAAUUAGCAAAAUUUCUCUUUCAUCGAUCCCAAUCUCGACUAUGUAAAUCAAACAACCCAAAUCCCAAAUUCAUCCCAAAAUUCUUUUCACUUUCCGAUUCCAAAUCACACCCCAAAACCCUAAUCAAUGAUGGAUUUCUCAGGCGUUGUUUCCUUUUCCUCUUCAUCAUCCACCACUUCUUCUUCCAUUCUCCGUAACCUCUCGCAUUGAAUAUCGAUUUCUCUCCGUUCAAAUCUCUGCAGUUUUUGUUGUUGUUCUGAAAAAUCAAAGAUGAAUGUGGGGAAGUCUCAGAUAUGGCAACCUUGCAAGAGAAAGAGGUAUUGAUUUCUAGAGAGAGAAAUCGAUACAUAUAGAUAGAUAUAGAAACAAUGGAUGGUAUUUGUAUAUGUAUUGAGGACUCAGUCGUGCCAGAUUUGUAAAAAGAAAUAGAGAUUAACCUUGAGGUUAGAGAGAGAAUUAUAUAUAUUUGUAGAGAGAGAGAGAUGGCUUCUCGUGGCAAUGGUGGGAGUGGGAAGACGAGAGUAGGGAGAUACGAGCUGGGAAGGACUCUUGGUGAAGGAUCGUUCGCGAAGGUAAAGUUUGCGAGGAAUAUAGAGACUGGUGAGAAUGUUGCUAUAAAGAUUCUUGAUAAAGAGAAAGUUCUCAAGCAUAAGAUGAUCGCUCAGAUUAAGCGUGAAAUUUCAACCAUGAAACUAAUCCGACACCCAAAUGUCAUUCGUAUGUAUGAGGUUAUGGCUAGCAAGACAAAAAUAUACAUUGUUUUGGAAUAUGUAACUGGUGGCGAACUCUUCGACAAAAUUGCUAGUAAAGGGAGAUUGAAAGAAGAUGAAGCGAGGAAGUAUUUUCAGCAGCUCAUAAAUGCGGUCGAUUAUUGCCACAGCAGAGGCGUUUGCCAUAGAGACCUGAAGCCAGAGAAUCUGCUACUGGAUGCGAAUGGUGCUCUUAAAGUCUCAGAUUUUGGAUUAAGUGCUCUACCUCAGCAAGUUCGAGAAGAUGGCUUACUACAUACAACCUGUGGAACGCCAAAUUACGUUGCUCCUGAGGUGAUCAACAAUAAAGGCUAUGAUGGAGCUAAUGCAGAUCUGUGGUCGUGUGGUGUAAUCCUUUUUGUCCUUAUGGCUGGCUAUCUUCCUUUUGAAGAGCCCAACCUGAUGGCAUUAUACAAGAAGAUAUUCAAGGCUGACUUCACAUGUCCUCCAUGGUUUUCCUCAAGUGCGAAGAAACUAAUCAAAAGAAUUCUUGAUCCUAAUCCUCUGACACGCAUCACAAUUGCCGAGGUCAUUGAGAAUGAUUGGUUUAAGAAGGGGUAUAAGCCUCCCACUUUUGAACAGACAGAUGUUAGUCUUGAUGAUGUGGAUGCUAUUUUUAAUGAAUCAGGGAACUCUCAAAACCUUGUCGUGGAAAGGCGGGAAGAACGACCUGCAACACCUGUCACUAUGAAUGCUUUUGAGCUUAUCUCUAAAUCUCAGGGUCUCAACCUCGGUUCUCUAUUUGAAAAGCAAAUGGGGCUUGUUAAACGGGAAACAAGAUUUACAUCCAAAUGUCCUGCUAAUGUGAUUAUCUCAAAAAUUGAAGAAACUGCGGUGCCUUUGGGUUUUGAUGUAAAGAAAAACAAUUACAAGAUGAAACUUCAAGGGGAGAAAACUGGGCGCAAGGGUCAUUUAGCUGUUGCAACUGAGAUUUUUGAGGUGGCUCCUUCACUUUACAUGGUUGAGCUUCGGAAAGCUGGAGGGGAUACCUUAGAAUUUCAUAUGUUCUACAAUAACCUCGCAACUGGUUUGAAAGAUGUUGUCUGGAAAUCAGGUGAUUAAUCAGAAGAGGAAGCAAAUAAUGGUGUUGGUAUCAUGUCCUGAUCAUCCGCUUCCUUUCAAGACAAAUAUUGGUGGGAAUUUUACGGAAUUUCAGCUACAGAUAUUUGAACUCAUACUCUUAGGUUUUGCUGUAUUGUGUUUUUUUUAUUUCUUUGCAUGGCAUUGGGUGCAGAAACUUGUUCUGGGUUCCUCUAGCAAUGUGUUUUCCUUGUUAAACAUGGUUGCUCAUAUAUAAAAUACCUUGACAUUGUUUGGUUUGGAUUGAACAAUUGCUUGGACCAUUUUGUUU